ACCAGAAUAGCUGUCAGGAAGCAGAAGCCAGAGAGCGAAAGAGAGCAAGUGUUUUUUCAAAUGUAUCGUUAGAUGCCGUGUCUAAAAUGACCAUGCAUCUUUAAAAAAGUCCAAUUAUUUCUAGCUUGAACGCUUGGUGUGUUCUGGUCUUUAUAUUCUCCGUUCCAUGACAUCCAUUCUGUGUAAAUCUUCAAAGAGAGUAAAACCGGCCUGGAUCAGCGGAAGCCCCUGUUUUUAAGAGCAUAACUUCGUAUUAUUGAAUAUCUUCGAUUGGAAAAAGAAAGAGAAGAUGGAAAAUCAAGGACGAAAUCCCAAGAGAUUAGUUCUGGUCCCAGGACCGUUCCAGGGCCACCUCACUCCCAUGCUUCAGCUGGCGACCGUCCUCAAGUCCAAGGAUUUCUCCAUUACAAUUGCUCACACACAGUUCAAUUGUCCAGAUUUCUCUGCUCACCCUGAUUUUACCUUCCUAUGCAUCCCGGAUGGCAUAUCCGAACAAGAGGUUCGAAACCCUGAUCUGGGAGACGUUGUGCUGAGGCUUAACGACAACUGUGAAUCCAGCUUUAGGGAAUUCCUAACUCGGGGUACAAACCACAUGGAGCUGGGUGACAAGAUCUGCUGCAUCAUCUAUGAUCCACUCGUGUACUUCUCUGGAGCUGUCGCCCACGAUUUGAAGAUUCCUAGCAUUGCUUUAUACACAAGCAGUGCUGCUUAUAUCGCAGUUCGCCCGAUUCUUCUCCAGUUAAAGGCACAAGGACACAUCCCUGUCCCAGAUACCAUGCUGCAGGUUCCGGUGCCCCUGCAUCAGCCUCUCAGGUUCAAAGACCUACCACUCUGCACUCUCGGAAGUUUGGACUCUUUCUUGCAGGGGUUAGCCUUGACGCUUAAUAUCAGAUCAUUUUCUGGCAUUAUAUUCAACACGAUUCACUGCCUGGAAGAGUCACCUCUGGCCCAGCUCCACCACCAGUACCAUGUUCCGAUUUUUCCAAUAGGCCCUCUACACAAAUUCGCUCAUACCUCAGCUGUUAGCUUACUGCAAGAGGAUACUGGUUGCAUUCCAUGGCUUGACAAGCAAACUCAUAAUUCAGUUAUUUAUGUGAGUUUGGGAAGCAUAGCACAUAUGAACCAAGACCAAUUGUCUGAAAUGGCUUGGGGUCUGGCAAAUAGCAAUGAGCCUUUCUUGUGGGUUAUUAGGCCUGGCUCAAGUCCGGGUGCGGAAUGGAUCGAGGCGAUGGAUGAAAAAUUCAGAGAAUGUGUUAAGGACAGGGCAUGCAUUGUGAAAUGGGCACCUCAGAAGAAAGUACUGGCUCAUGAGGCGGUGGGAGGGUUUUGGAGUCACUGUGGAUGGAACUCCACCUUGGAGAGCAUAUGUGAAGGCGUUCCGAUGAUAUGUCAACCGUGUUUUGGCGACCAAACGGUGAAUGCGAGGUACUUGACUCACGAAUGGAGGGUUGGAUUAGAACUGGAAGGUGAGAUAGAGAGAGGGACAGUAGAAAGGGCUAUUAGAACAUUGAUGAAGGAAAAGGAAGGCGAAGAGAUGAGGCAGAGGGUCUUGGACUUGAAGCACAAGUUUGAUGUUAGUAUGGGUGAUGGUGGAUCUUCUUGCAAUUAUCUGAGUGAGCUAGUCGAGUUGUUGAGAUCGUUCUAGCAGCACAGAGUGUUUGCUACUAAAGCACCACACGGAAUAAAGUUUGCGUCGUGCAGAAAGUGCAAAGAUUUGGUCUUCUGGCAUUGAAGAAUAGAACAGAACAGAUAAUAUUCUUUUAUGCGACGAUAGCAAUGAGUUGGCUUAUCAUAUAUAAACAUUCUUUUCGAUUUUUCUUUCCAACCAGUGCAUCUGAUUCGAAUG